AUGUCGCCCACGCUCGCCUCUGCCCCCAGUGGUAGCUGCUGCUUGUCUGUUGUAAAACACACGGGCACACCUGUUGGUCACAUCGAGGACCUUGGUGGUAUUUCAACAUAUAUCUCUGAUCCUCCGAGUCCUACUGCGACACAGAAAGUGAUACUCUUUCUGGCAGACAUAUGGGGACCGCUUUUUCUGAACAAUCAGUUGAUUCAAGAUUAUUUCGCAUCCUUUGGCUAUCUCGUCCUUGGGCCCGAUUACUACUUUGGCGACUCUGCGCCAAACCACCCGCCUGGCCGUAAUCUCCAGGAAUGGGUUUCAGAAGCGCGGAAACCGGCUAUCGACGCGUUUCCUGGCUGGCUGGCUGCUGUGAAGGCAAAAUAUGGGACUGACAAAACCAAGUACUGCGCUGUCGGAUACUGCUUUGGAGCCCCGUUUGUCAUGGACAUGUGUUCUGAUAGAACUGUAGUUGCUGGAGCACUGGCUCACCCUGCAUUCCUCGACGAAAGCCACUUUGAAAAACUUGACCGUGCACUGAUUCUUGCAGAGGAUGACUUAUUAUUCCCAUUGGCAUCGCGUCGACGGGCAGAGGAUAUUAUGGUCAGCCGCAAGUGCACGUACUACUUGCAGGUAUUCUCAGGCAUCAAGCAUGGAUUUGCAGUACGAGGUAACCCAGAUAUCGAUACAGAGCGGUGGGCCAAGGAACAGAGCGCCAGGGGGAUCAAGGACUGGUUUGAUCGGUUCACUGCUUAA